AUGGACUGGGAGGUGUUGAGAGAACUCAGGAAGAUGGUAUCCAACUGGUGCUCAGCACAGCCUCUUCCUCUCAAGCAGGAGUCAGCCCUGAAGGCCCUGGGGACUGAAGGCCUCUUUCUCUUCUCUUCCCUGGACACUGACCGGGAUAUGUACAUCAGUCCUGAGGAGUUCAGGCCCAUCGCUGAGAAGCUGACAGGGUCAACUCCUACAGCCAGCUACGAGGAGGAGGAGGAGCUGCCCCCUGACCCCAGCGAGGAGACGCUCACCAUAGAAGCCCGAUUCCAGCCACUGCUCCCAGAGUCUAUGACCAAGAGCAAAGACGGGUUCCUGGGGGUCUCCCGCCUGGCCCUGUCCGGCCUCCGCAACUGGACUACCGCAGCCUCGCCAAGCGCUGUGUUUGCCGCCCGCCACUUCCGGCCCUUCCUUCCGCCUCGGGGCCACGUGGAGCUGGGCGAGCCCUGGUGGAUCAUUCCCAGUGAGCUGAGCGUCUUCACCGGCUAUUUGUCCAACAACCGCUUCUACCCACCGCCGCCCAAGGGCAAGGAGGUCGUCAUCCACCGGCUCCUGAGCAUGUUCCACCCGCGACCCUUCGUGAAGACCCGCUUUGCCCCUCAGGGGGCCGUCGCCUGCCUGACUGCCAUCAGCGACUUCUACUACACUGUGAUGUUCCGGAUCCACGCUGAGUUCCAGCUCAGUGAGCCGCCCGACUUCCCCUUCUGGUUCUCACCCGGCCAGUUCACCGGCCACAUCAUCCUCUCCAAAGAUGCCACCCACGUCCGCGACUUCCGGUUGUUCGUGCCCAACCACAGGUCUCUGAAUGUGGACAUGGAGUGGCUGUAUGGGGCCAGUGAGAGCAGCAACAUGGAGGUGGACAUUGGCUACAUACCCCAGAUGGAGCUGGAGGCCACAGGCCCCUCAGUGCCCUCCGUGAUCCUGGACGAGGACGGCAACAUGAUCGACAGCCGCCUGCCCUCGGGGGAGCCCCUCCAGUUUGUGUUUGAGGAGAUCAAGUGGCAGCAGGAGCUGAGCUGGGAGGAGGCCGCCCGGCGCCUGGAGGUGGCCAUGUACCCUUUUAAGAAGGUCACCUACCUGCCAUUCACCGAGGCCUUCGACCAAGCCAGGGCCAAGAACAAGCUGGUGCACUCGAUCCUGCUGUGGGGGGCCCUGGACGACCAGUCCUGCUGAGGUUCAGGGCGGACUCUCCGGGAGACCGUCCUGGAAAGUUCGCCCAUCCUCGCCCUCCUCAAUGACAGCUUCAUUAGCACCUGGUCCCUGGUGAAGGAGCUGGAGGACCUGCAGAACAACCAGGACAACCCUUCCCACAAGAAGCUGGCUGACCUGCACCUGGAGAAGUACAGCUUCCCCGUGGAGAUGAUGAUCUGCUUGCCCAAUGGCACCGUGGUCCACCACAUCAACGCCAACUACUUCUUGGACAUCACCUCCAUGAAGCCUGAGGACAUCGAAAACAAUGUCUUCAGCUUCUCAUCCACCUUUGAAGACCCGUCCACGGCCACCUACAUGCAGUUCCUGAAGGAGGGCCUUCGGCGCGGCCUGCCCUUCCUCCAGCCCUAGUGUGCCCAGGCGGGGGCAGCUGGAAAGAGGCCUCCAGCGCUGAUGGACAGGCCCCCCCGGCCCCAGAGCCAGAGCAGUCCUCACACAUUUCAAACGUCAGGCACUCCCACCCCCUCCAUUCCCAGGCUGCCUGUGAGGUCGGAGGUCAACUGAGGGUAGCCAUCGUAGCUUUGCCUCUGUUUUGGGGGGUUGCCAAGGGGGUGCCUGGGCUGACUGGAUGGGUCAACCUCUAGCUCCAGCUGCCACCAUCGGCCUGGCUCCAGAAGCUGUUUGGAACCCCCCAAAGUGAAGCCUGGGGUCAUUUCCCUGGACCUCACCCUCUCAGGCACAUAGUCAAGGCCCUUGUGGGGUGCAGGAUAGGGAAGAGUGGGUGCUCGGAAAACAGGGCCACCCCUUUCUCCUUACUUGCACCCCCUCCUGAAAGGAACAUCAAGAAGCCCUGACAUGGGUCAGGGGGAAGGGAGAGCCAGAGAAGUGUUGUUUGUGUGGAGCCUGCUUCCUGGCCACAGCCCUGGCCGCCCUCCUGUACCUGGUGUCCCCAGUGGGCUCAGUCUCAGCUGAAGACAGCCGUGUGGAGGCUCCAGGCGGAACCCUCCUUCAGAAGGGAAGUCAUACAGUACCCCAGACCGCGGCUCCCCAGUACCCCAGACCGCGGCUCCCCAGACCAGCCUAUCCGCCUAGUGAUAGGACGCCAGAAACUGUUUGGGGUCUGGCUGGAGGCCAGGUGUCUGGGAAGGUUUCGUGUGAAGUAGGCUUCUGCCUUAGCAAGGGGCUCCACUGAAGAGUCCCUGAGCCCCAGGCCCAAGGCACCCCCACUGCCUGUCCCAGCACAGGGUCACAGUAGGAUUGCUGGAGCCAGAGCCCUGGCAUCGCCUCCUGCCCCUGAGACCUCAGCUCCACAGAUGUGUAGCCCAGCUAAAGAAUACAGCACCCCCCACCCCCCACCCCGAGCCAGCACUGGCAGGGCAGCCCAGACCAGUUUGCCCCCCAUUGGGUGGCCACUGAAACUCCUUGGCCACACUUAGGACGUUGGUCCACGUCCCAAGCCACUGACUCCAGCCAUUCUCUUUUUUUAUACACACAGAAAAGUGUUUUUAUAUGUGAACUUUCUCACAGUUUGUAGGUAUUUUUGAUAACCCUAGCACUGAGGAGAAGGGACAGUGGUUUCCCCCAGCAGCUGCCCCAUGAUGGCUGGAUCUGAAAUCCUAGAUGGAUCCAACUUGAUGUCUUUGCAGUUGCACCUAUGGGAAGAAAUAUUCCUCUCUUCCUUCUCUUCUAGCUUUUUAAAAACAGUCAGUGUACCCCAACUCUGUCCUUGUCCUCCACGCAGGCCCCAUGAGGGGCCCUAGGGCUUUCAUUAAGGCCUCGGAGCCAAGCCUGCUCCCCCGGCCCUGCCCCACAGGGGCUCACUCUUAAACCUGGGAGAGGAAGGAAGGUGACAGUUCCUCACACACACUCCCAGGCCUCCCAUCUGUUGAGCUCCCCUGCCUGUCAUUGGCGUAUCCACACUGAGGCACUUUGUGAAGAUUACAUGUAUUUUCUCAUUUAAGCUUCACAACAAACCUGUGAGGCAGAUAUUAACUUCCCAUUUUACAGAUGAAGAAACUGAGUCUCAGGGAAAUACAGUGACUUGCCCCAGGUCGCUCAGCGGCAGAGUUGAGAUUCAGCCGGAGUUGUGUUUUGUUUUGCAUUGCAUCCCCGCUUCUCUCCUCUGCCUGUUUUCACUGAGGUGAAAAAGAAAGCUUUUCACACCAAAAUGUCUCAUUCCCCUCUGAUCUCCAGACGUAAUGAGGCAUGAACUAGCAAGCUCAGCCAAGUCCAGUAUAUCCUGGGAGGCAGUGCUUCCAUGCCCUUUACAGGGAGGGACGGCCCCUAAGUCCAUCUCUGCUUCGGGCAUGGGUGGCAGAAAGGCACUGAUUGCUUGGGCUUUCUGCAUCCUUAUCAGAUGCCUCUGACCUCCAAGCUCAUGGUGGGGGAGGGCCCCCAGCUGCCUUGUCACCCCUCUGCCUCUUCCCUCACCUGUCCCAUGUCCUAUAAUAAAAUUGGAGAGACUAGGGUGGUUCUAAGUG